UCACUUAAACACUGAAGACUUUAUUCACCAUCGCAGUCAUGAACUGGUUCUUCACAAUCGAGGGAUCAAGAGAAAGUGGAUGAGCACAACUGUAUGUACUGUAUAUUCUCUGUUUCAGGAAAAAUUAAUGCAGUCACAGAGGCUUGGCAACAACAGAAGCAUGCCUAUUUACUGAUGACAAGAGCUGAAGCCGCAAUCUGCAAACACAAUCACACCUUUGUGUCUUAUGCUGAUAUUUAAGACUCCAUCUUUAUGGCAGUGAAUCAGAUAACUACUUCGGAGCUACAGAACUUCCAUUUUUGUGCUAUCGCUGGACUAAUCUUUUUGCUUUACUGACCUUGAUUAAACUUGGAUAAGAGGAUGAAGUUUCCCCAUGUCAUCAUAGUUUGUUGCUUCUCGGCUUUGUGUCUGGAGGCCUCUGAAGUGCUGGAGGUGAGCGGUCAUGUUGGUGGAGAGGUUUCCAUCCGCUGCUCUGGUAGACGGGCCACAGACAAUAGCUCUGAACACAGCAGAAUGUAUUUCUGCAAAGGAGUCUGCAGUAAAAACAUUCUCAUUCAGACCAAGAGGAGGAGGUCUGCCUUCACACAGCAAAGCAGAUACUACAUGGAAGUCGACAGAAGAUACGGAGUCUUCAUUGUGACUAUAAAGAAACUGGAGAGGAUGGAUGCUGGACGGUAUCAGUGUGGAGUGGAGAAAGCUAAUAAUAUGUCGUACCAGGAAGUCAGUCUCAUCGUCCUAGAUGCUUCCACUGUCCCUCCUGGAUUCCCUCCUUCCACAACUACUGCCCUGCAGGCCAGAUCAGAGGCUCUGUCUCAGGGCAACUUUCUGUCCAGCACGGAACCUUCAGUAGCACCUUUAACACUGCCUUCCUCAGAAAAGAAGAGAAACCUGCGACAAGCAACCAGCCUCACAGACACCACAGUGGUCAUUACUGUAUCUGUGAGCCUGGCUCUUCUGGUUUGUGCCCUUAUCCCUCUUAUGUUCUAUGGACGCUGGAGGAGUAAUUCAGAUAAUCACAACGGACCAGGAGGAAACAAGCAUGAGGGUGCUGUCUGUGAGGAAAAUGCAGACGUUGGAUUGAGGCUGCAGACAUUUGAGCCACAAGUUGAACCAGAGUCCAGUUCUCACGAUGCCUCCCAGUAUGCUUCCAUCUACGCGGCACUGGAUCCCAAAACCCUGGACCUAGCAUGAUGCGCAGUGCUCAGGAUGUAUUGCUGGACUGACAGCAUACUGAGUUUCUCUUCAUAAAAGUUGAAGUCAUGUCACAGUAGGACCAGCAGAGGGUGCUACACAUGUGACAUGAGUGACCUGGUCCACUGUUUCUUCUCACAACAGCUCUGUAACCUCAUUUUCUUUAAAAAUCUUCAAAUAUUUACUCUUGAAAGUCACAAGAAUCUUUCUUUAAAAAGGUCUGUUGUGCAUUUAACUUCAGCUUGUCUGUGUCUCAUUGUCACAUCACUGCAGUUACCAGGACUUAAAGAAAGCAAAUGGAAGGCAGAAUAAAAAGUACUAGCACUGGUAUACGCGUGAUAUUGCACUGGAUUGUAAGUGUACCUCAUUUUGGGAUCUUUAUAAGCAUUUAAAAAUUAACUUAAAAAUAUAACUAUUCUAGCAAAGGUGAUAUGAAGAUAUCUUAUUUAUCUCCUUUUUUUUUAUAGAUUCACCUGUCUCAAACCUGUUUUGAUCUGCUUUGAUGUUAAAUAAAGGAAAUGAGUUUAA